ACCUUUCUCUUGUCACUUAACUAAAUAUAUACACACAUUGUCUUGUACUGUGUAUUACAUUUUAAUUAGUAAAUCAAUUUUUUUUAAAAAAAAUUUUAAGCGUGCACUUAUACAGCUAUUCUUGUGACUACUUAAUUAGUUUAGAGAAUAUAAUGAAAUUUGAGAUUAGAAGGAAUUUCUCAAAUUGUAUGUAAUCAUAUAAUUUACACAUUCAAUGCAUACGUUUAUGACUUCUGUCGGAGUGUCGUCAUCGUGAAAAUUGUUCUAUGUCCCGAAUACUCAAGAAGAAUGGGAUAGUAUAAAAAAAGGAUUUUCAAUUAGAUGGAAUUUUCCGGGUUGUGUUGGAGCCCUGGAUGGCAAACAUGUAGUCUUAAAAGCACCGUUUCACUCUGGAUCGAACUUUUACAAUUAUAAAGGCUCAUUCAGUAUUAUUUUUUUUGCACUUGUUGAUGAUCAAUAUUGUUUUAAAUAUAUAGAUGUUGGAGCUAAUGGAAGGUCAUCUGAUGGGGGUGUUUUUGCAAAAUCUAGUUUGAAGAAUGCCGUGGAAAAUAAUUUAUUAAAUAUGCCACCUAAUACAGUUUUUAUAGCAGAUGACGCAUUUCCACUUAAGGAGUAUCUAUUGAAGCCCUAUUCUCAUCACGGCCCAUUGACAAUUAAAGAAAGAGUGUUCAAUUACAGACUAUCACGUGCUAGACGCAUCGUUGAAAAUGCAUUUGGUAUUCUUGUUUCUAGAUUUAGAAUAUUUGAAAAACCAAUUGCAUUGCCUCCUGAAAAGGCAGACAGUAUUGUGAAGACAACGUGUGUUUUACACAACUGGUUAAGAAUGAAUUCUUCCUCAUAUCUUUACCGAGGUUGUGUUGACGAAGAAGAUCAUGAAAAUGGAGUAAUAAUUAAAGGAACAUGGAGAAAAGAAAUUCGUGGACUGGGAUUACCAGAUUUGACUAAUGCUAGUGAAAGUAACAAUUAUACAAAAAAUGCUUCAAACAUUAGAAAUAAUUUGGCUGAUUGGUUUAUGGGAGACGGAGCCGUUCCCUGGCAAAUUAAUAUGCUUAAUCUAAAGAAAUAAUAUUAAAUUAAUUUUUCGUAUUAUCAAUUUAAAGAUAAAUUUUAAAUUAA